GUUGGGGUUUUUAUUUAAAAAAAAAUAGGCGUAGGUUCUUUUUAGGGGAUUUGGCGAUCUCCAAAGCGAGAGAGCGAGAGCGAUGAGAUCGAGAAAGGCAAAAAAUUCGUGGAAAAAUUCGGAUUGUAACACAGAGAAGUGAAAAAUUGGGUGUGAUCGUGGAUUCGGGUGUUGGGAACAACUAGAUCGCGGGAUUUUCUUUGGAAUUCGUUCGAAUUUGAACGAUUUUUGGAGGAUCGGAACGGGAUUUUGAUGUUUGCGACGUUGAGCGAUGCAAGCCCAAUUUUAAGGAAAAUUAAUUGAUAAAAAUGUUCAAUAGAAUCUUUGAUCUACCAUGAUUUCCUGUGCAUACUAGUUAAAGAUUUUAAAUCUUGAAGAUCAAUAAUUGAUGCAAUUAUCCUGCUAAUCUUUGUUGGGUUUAUACGUAAAACGGUGUUUCAGAAAGAUGCUGGAUUGUGUUCCUAGAUCUGCUAAGGGCAAACGUUCUAUUAGGAAAAAGUUUGAGGACAAUCCAAUGCAUCGGUUUGAUUUGCUCGCAACAGUGGCAGGAAAGUUGUUAACUGAGGAAGAGGAUUCUUCUACUCUAGUUAAUAUAACUGGACCGCCUAAUCUUAAGGAUUCAAAGAAUGUUAAGAAUGAACAAGUCGAUGUAUCAAAUCUAUUUGAAUCUGAAGAUUCGGUUAGGAUUAGCUGUGAUGACAGUGUAUUGGGUCCUGAUCAUAUUUUUAAAAAAGAAUUACACCCGACAAAAGAAGCUGCUUCAGCACCUGAUUUUCCUAUUUUAUACCCAAACAAAUUGGGUAAGGAAUCAGUACUUACUAGUAUAAAAGGAGAUGGAGAUAAGGAACCACUUCAAAUAACUCAAGAUGAUGUGGUUAAAAUUGGUCCAGAUAUGUAUAAUGCGGUUGAUCCAAUGGAUAUGGACGUCAAGCCUCCUCCUUUAGUCAGUUCUGUUCCUCCACAUGAAAAAGGAGUAGAACUUGUUGUAGAUAGAGAAUCUCAUAAAAGCUUUUCUGGGUGCAAAUUUCCUACCAUAGUUACUAAUAAUUACCAUAGGCCACAUCACAUUGGUGAUCAUAGGAUAAGGAAGCUAUUGGCAUCAAAGAUUCGCAAACAAGCUCCGAAAAGGAUCUACAAAGAAGAGCUUUCUAACACUGAGAUAAAAUCUGCUUUCUACAGCAAAAAAGUGUGUUAUGCACGCCAAAGAACACGUAAGACUACUAUGUUUAAGAGGAGAAACCUAUUUGAGCAUUGUUCAGUUUCUCCAUUUGGUCGACAAGUCUGUAAUCAAGGUACAUCUAAGGGACCUGCAAAGGGAACCAUCAAGUUCGAAGAGAGUGAUUCUCUUUCAGCUUCUCAUGGGGCAAGUGUAGCUUUGUCAUCCAUGAUAGUUCAAAAUUCAUCAUCUUCUCAAGACUACCAUGUUAAGCUAAACAUCAAGUCUUUCAAGGUGCCAGAACUUUUUAUAGAGGUUCCUGAAACAGCUACUGUUGGUUCAUUGAAGAGGACUAUAAUGGAGGCCGUGACUGCUGUACUUGGAAAUGGUCUUCAUGUCAGUGUUCUACUUCAAGGAAAGAAAGUUAGAGAUGACAACAAAACCCUCCGACAAGCUGGGAUUUCUUGUGGUAAUAAGCUUGACGACUUGGGCUUUUCUUUGGAGCCAAAAUCCUCACAAGCUCCAUUCCAACUCACAGUACGAGGAGAUAGUGAACGAUUAGCAAGGAUUCAGCCUACUGCUACUCCCUUCCGUCAACCUAUUGUUACUUUUUCUUCUAACUGCCCUGAGAGUGACCAUGAUUCUGUUCACUCUCCCACUAAUGCAUUAUCUGUAAAUAAAACUCCUUCAAGCUCUCAAAUGCUAGUUCCCGUCCCCUCGAUGGAUUUAUUGGAUUUAGUUCCGCGACGUAAGUUGAGGCAAUCUGAGCUUUCCCAGAGGAGGAUCAGACGACCCUUUUCUGUUGCUGAAGUAGAAGCACUGGUCGAGGCAGUUGAGAAGCUGGGAACUGGGAGAUGGCGAGACGUUAAACUUCGGGCAUUUGACAAAGCAAAGCACCGAACUUACGUUGAUCUUAAGGACAAAUGGAAGACAUUAGUGCACACAGCAAGCAUUUCCCCUCAACAAAGGAGAGGAGAGCCGGUGCCUCAAGAGCUUCUUGACCGGGUUCUCUCAGCCCAAGCUUAUUGGUCCCAGUAGCAGUCCAAACCUGCAGACCCUUAAAUUUUUCUACUUGUCUAAUCUAUUCUUUUACUCUUCCCUAAGGGGAAAAUAUACCACACAAAGAAAGAAAGAAAUAGAAGAUUCAAAGAAAUUUAACCAAUUUGUAGAAGUGUUUGCUACUCACCAUUAUUCUUAAGCUAGGGUUCUCUUCUUAUGAACUGCUAGAAGAAAGGACCCAAGAAAGAAGGAAACGAAGAAGGAUUCUUGGCUGCUAACAGGAUUCUUUCGUGUAAAACAAUUCAUUCUUACAGUGUAGCACUUUAUCUUAGGCGGAAAAAAGAAAAGGAUUAGGAAGAUUCGUUUUACUCUUUUGUUGUAUUUCUUCAUAUUUUUGUUGGUGUUGGACUCGGACUCAUUCUGAUGUUGUACUUUAGACAAACGUGACAUUCUUUGUAAAAUUUGAUUCAUGUAAUUUUUGGUCUGAGCCAUGUGACCAUUGAAGGUAAUAACAUAAUUUAUAUUUCCUUAA